CAGACUACAAACCUUUAUUUUCUUCUUUGGUGCUUUCUUGUAUCUCUAUAUCCUUUUAAGAUUCUAUAUCCUUUUAAGAUUGACCUUGUUCUUGUGGCAACAGUUCCCCUAUCUUUUAUUCAAGUAAGUCUUGUUCUAAUAUUCUUAAUUUUCUUUUCCCAUUUUAGCUGCUUAGCCUAUAAUAAUCCAGUAAAAUUAUUAGUCUUAGGCUGGUUCUUUUUCUGGGUGCUUAAAUUCUUAAAUUUGUUUUGUUUGUUAAUAAUGGAAAUCGAUAUUCCUUGCCAUUUCCUUUGCCCGAUUUCUCUGCAACUAAUGAGAGAUCCAGUUACUGUCUCAACUGGGAUCACCUACGAUAGAGAGAAUAUAGAGAGAUGGUUAUUUGCUUGCAAGAACAACACUUGCCCUGUCACAAAGCAAGUCAUUUUAAAUGACGAGGAUCUGACCCCAAAUCACACUCUUCGCCGCUUGAUCCAAGCAUGGUGCACGCUCAAUGCCUCUCAUGGAAUCGAGCGAAUCCCAACUCCGAAACCACCAAUUGACAAGACCCAGAUUGCAGAACUUCUCAAUGAUUGCAAUACAUUCCCACACCUGCAGCUCAAAUAUCUCAGAAGGAUUAGAUCGAUCACUCUUGAAAGUGAAAGGAACAGAAGUUUUCUUGAGGCUGCCGGUGCAGUUGAUAUCUUGGCUUCAAUAGUAGUGAAUGAUAAUUCUACUUCGGUUGAGAUUUCUAUAGAUGAUGACCCUGAGUUUACAAGAGCAAGUGAUGAGGCUUUGAGUAUUCUUUAUCUUCUCAAAAUCUCAGACAGCAAAUUGAAGAAUCUCAUAGCCAAAGAUAGAGGUGUGUUUGUGGAGUCAUUGAUACAGAUUCUGAAACAUAGUAACUAUCAAUCAAGAGCUUAUUCAACAAUGUUGCUGAAGUCCAUUUUCGAAGUGGCCGAUCCAAUCCAGUUGAUUACUAUUAGACCAGAAAUAUUGACAGAAGUAGUGCAUGUAUUGCGGGAUCAGAUCUCACAACAAACAUCAAAGGCAGCAUUGAAGCUGCUUGUAGAGGUUUGUCCAUGGGGAAGAAAUCGAAUCAAAGCAGUAGAAGGCGGUGCAGUUACAGUUCUCAUAGAGCUACUCCUAGAAACAUCAGACAGGAGAUCAUGUGAGCUUACUCUAAUAAUUUUAGAUCUGCUUUGUGGGUGUGCUGAGGGACGAGCAGAGUUGUUGAAGCAUGGAGCAGGGCUUGCAAUCGUUUCAAAGAAAAUACUUAGGGUUUCUCAUGUGGCAAGCGACAGGGCUGUCAGAAUUUUGUGUUCAAUUUGCAGGUUUUCUGCAACUCCCAGAGUUCUUCAGGAAAUGUUGCAAGUUGGUGUAGUGGCAAAGCUGUGUUUGGUGCUGCAAGUGGAUAGUGGUUGCAAGAGUAAGGAGAGAGCUAGAGAGAUCCUCAGGUUGCAUUCCAGGGUAUGGAAGAAUUCUCCUUGUGUUCCUGCUUAUUUGAUGUCUUGCUAUCCAUCUUCCUGAAUUAAGAAAUUCUUUUGUAUAUAAUUCAGAAAGGGACAGAAGUUGCAGACCUCGUGAAAUACAAAGUUCAAUUACAUUACCA